AUGGGCCUGAAUCAGGGGCGAGUCGACUGUCGACGCUCGAAGCGGUUACUAGUACUGAGAAAAGAGGAUCAGCAGGCGUGCAAGAGAGAGGGAGUGGCAGCUCGGUGGGCUUGGGAAUGGUACGCACAGUGGAGGAGACUUGUGGGCACUGGCACGAACGACGAGCAGAGGCUAAAACUCUCUCUGGGCACUGGAGUAGACGAUAUUAAGGAUGAUAGCGAGUGA